GUUCCUUGUUGUACGGAACCUGUUCCCCGUUCCCCCCGUUCCCACGCGCACGCACAACACAGCACAACAUGAACAUGCCGUGUGUUCUAGUCGUCUCGUUUCUUGAUUAAAGUCCUUUUUCUGUACACUGUCGUGUCAAUUGGCGUUUUAUUUCGAAAAUAUUGCAAUUGUACGCACAAAGUUGUGUCAGUCGACUUUCCUAAUUGUUGCAAAGGGGCGUGGUAUUGUCAUUUGGCUCUUGUAUAUAACCUACUAUUUACCAUGGCCAGUACUCAGGAAUCCGGCACGGGCCAAGUUCAGAUUCGAUUUACUACUAAACAAGAACAGUAUGCUGUCCCUGACUUACCGUUCGCUGUACCUGCUGGUAUAAAUUCAAAUGAACUUAAUGUUCUCUUAAAUGAGCUGCUUAAAGAGGGCAGGUCGGAUAUCACAUCAGUAGAUUUUGACUUCCUUGUUUGUGGAGAAUUUUUGCGGCAACCUCUUAAUGACCUCUUGGAGGAGCGAAAUGUAUCAUUUGAAGAUGUCAUUGAUGUGGAGUAUGUCGAACAACAUCCUACUCCUGAACCUAUGGAUUGUCUGAUGCAUGACGACUGGGUUUCAGCAGUACAUGUUCGGAAUGGCUGGAUUCUCACAGGCUGUUAUGACAACACCCUUCACAUCUGGUCUAAAACUGGAACACAUCACCUCACUAUUCCUGGUCACUCAGGUCCAGUAAAAGCAGUUGCAUGGGUUUCAUUGACACCAACUGUGGGUUCUUUUGUAAGUGUUUCACAUGAUCAAACAGCCAUGCUUUGGAAGUGGAAUAUUGAAGACAAUUCAGUUGAUUGCAUACAUGUCUGCCGUGGGCAUGAGAGAUCACUGGAAUGUGUUUCCGUCAACCACAACUCAACAUUGAUGGCCACAGGAGGGUGGGACACCCUACUAAAAAUUUGGACUACAUCCAUGUUGGAUACCUCCUCAGCAGCUUCUCACUCUACUGGAGAUUCAGAUGAAACAGAAAUUAAAAGAGCUAAAGUGGAGAGUAACUCAAAGUCGCACAUCAAGACACCAAUAAUGACUCUUAAAGGGCACAAGGAAGCAAUUUCCUCAGUGGUGUGGACAGAUAAUCAAGAACUAGCAACGUCAUCUUGGGACCACACUCUUCGUUUGUGGGAUGCUGAGUUGGGAGGCAUCAAGAGUGAAAUUGCUGGAAAUAAGUCUUUCUUCGAUAUGUCUCAUUCAUCAUUAAAUAGAACUGUCAUUACAGCAUCUGCUGAUAGACACAUAAGGUUAUACGACCUCAGAUCUACAGAGGGAUCACUUGUAAAGAGUACAUUUACUUCUCAUUCACAAUGGGUACAAUCUGUGAAAUGGUCAACAACUGAUGAGCACUUAUUUAUUUCUGGUGCACAUGACAGUCAAGUUUUACUUUGGGAUUCUAGAAGUCCUAAAGCACCAUUAUUUAACUUGGAGGGCCACGAAGAUAAAGUUAUGUGUGUUGAUUGGAGUAAUCCUCGUUACAUGGUAUCUGGUGGAGCUGAUAAAACUGUUCGAAUCUUCAAAUCUCGUCAUGCACCUAGCAAGAAUGGAACUGAAGGAGAGAAAGAAGAGCUCUAAUUUGAUUCCUUCACUGUUUAUUGUAUUUGGAGGUGAAAUAAAUUCUGAUUGAACUGUUCCUCA